AUGGCAGAGGCACGAAAGGCUGUUGAAGACCUCAUCCGGCUCUCGAGCCGCGUCGUGCGCAUCCUCGGCCAGAAUCCCGGGCCCUACACGCUCGCCGGCACAAACACGUACCUCAUCUCGACGCCGCCCGUCGCGCACGCAAAGCUCGAGUCAAGACCCUCGAUCCUCGUCGACACGGGCGAGGGCACCGAAGCAUACCUACCAUUGCUCGAGCGCGCGCUCAAAGGGUCCGUCGACGGCGUGCCUUCCAAGGAUGCCGCUCGUACAAAUCAGGAUGCCAUGGAAGAGGACGACGACGACGAGGAUGAGCUCACCGCCUGGAUCUCGGACAUCGUCUUGACACACAAGCACCACGACCACGUUGGCGGUCUGCCUUCCAUCCUCUCGCUCCUUUCGAAACUUCGCGCCGAAGCAACCGUGACGCUCCCGGCACCGCGUAUACACAAGCUGCCAGAUCCGGAGUCCGAUCCGGAGCUCGUCAAGAUGCUGCACGGCCUGCCCAAGGGCUCCUUCAUUCCCUGCUCGGAUUCCGGCGAUGCAGCCUCGCCGCUUUGGCCGCUCCAAGAGGGCUCCGUCAUUCAAGUGGCUGGUGCCAGCGACCAGUCGUCUCUGCGCGUCUUGCAUACGCCCGGGCACACUGCCGACCAUAUCUGCUUGGUGCUCAACGAGGAGAAGACGCUGCUCACGGGCGACCACGUGCUCGGCCAGGGCACCACCGUAUUCGAGGAUCUCACCGCCUACAUGUCGAGCUUGCGCAAGUGCUCUCGUGCGCUCGAGGAGCUCGGACCCUCUUUGCCCACCAACGAAGGGACGAGCACGGCUGCAACGGAGAACCGUCUUUACCCAGCGCACGGUCCUGUCGUCGAGGAAGGCCGCAAGAUGCUCAAGCAGUACCUGGAUCACCGUCUUGAGCGCGAGGCACAGGUGGUCGAGUUGCUAAAGGCAUCGCCCGACGGUAACUCCAUCACAACCUCUUCUGUCACGGUAGGUGGGAUAGAGUACCAGCUGGGUGCGCCAUGGAAGAUCCGACAGAUGGUGCUCAAGCUUUACUCGAACUAUCCGGAGAAUCUGUUCCCCGCCGCUGCGCGCGGGCUCUAUCUGCACCUGCGCACGCUCUCUUCGCCGGACCCCGAGCAAGGCAAGGCUUCGCGCGUGCGGUGUCUGCAGACCACCUCGUUCGCUCGCAGGGCGUCGGCAGAAGCAGCAGCCGACGUAGGCAAUUGCCCGCCCUUGCCCCAGUCCGACCACGAGUGGAUCGAGGCCAUGGAGCUCGAGUGGGCCCUCAUCGCGCCUCAGCAGGCGUCAUCCAAUCACCAACACUUGUAA